AUGGCUGAGGAUCUUCAAUGCUUGAAGGACUUACUUGAUUCUGGAACAAAACACGCAAGCUACUCAGAAUACCUUCCAGGGUUGUUUGUUGAUUCUGUUCAAUAUUUUAUUGAAGAAGUUUUAGAACAUUUUCAUGAAACAGAUCCUUCAAAGAUUACAGUAGAUGAAAUCAAGCAGUUUAUUGAGGGACAUUCAGAAUACGAAUUCCUUCUUCCUUUCCUUCAAUAA